GCCGGACAAAUCCCACCAAAAAGACAUUGCCAAUGCUGUCUUUACUGACACUUUACAUUUUCCAUGGUAUCUAUCGCAUAUAUAAUGGGGUGAUCUCAUUCCUGUAUACUCAGUUGUCAGCGCCACCGAAACCCCUCAGCGCUCAUCGCGAGUUAUUCCCAGCCCAUUUGGGCAUCAUACUUGUGGUCGACGAGGAGAUAGAUGUCGAGGCCGCCACUGACACAUUAUUGCAAUCUAUAGACAAUGCUGCCGUAUGGUGUCACGAAGUUGGAAUUCUGGAUCUCACUGUUUAUGACAGCAAAGGCAUUCUUAUGAAGAAUUCUGCAAGUGUACGAAAAACAGUGAAACCAUCCCGAAACUUAUCUUCAAGCUAUCCCUUAAACACUUUACGAUCAAUGCGUAUCUCGCCUGGCAUCGCCAGGCUCCGGCUUGAUUUCGCUGCAAUGCGAUCAUCACAAAAUACCUCAUGGUUUCCAACUGGCGGUCGCAAGGAGGUCACAAAGAAGCAUCAUUUGCAGCAGAAGCUCCAAGCUGAACCUACCAAUGCUGUCGUUGAUGGCCAUCAAAAUAUUGGGAGCUCCUCGUGUCCUAAUCCUUUGACUAUUCGCCUUGUUUCACCGACGUCAUCCAAGCCCGCUAUAGCAUCUGCAGCCUGCUUGCUUGCUCGAAGCCAGCAGUCCCAGAAAGUGACACCCGUAAAGCAUAAAUUUCAGCUAUCUACAGAUGAGCUAGACUAUAUACUCGAGAGUCAGACAGGAGUGCCUUCUCUUGAUUUUAUCGUUGUGCACCAUAUGGAUCCUCCAUGCCAGAGAGCCCUUGAACUACACGGCUUUCCACCGUGGCAUUUAGCUGUGACGGAAAUCUUUGUUACUCCACUUGAAAGGGACCACACCUGGAAAAAACGAUCAAUGCCCGCUACCCUUCUACCACUGGGCAAACAAGCGUUUUGCCGAGCACUGGAUGAGUAUUCCAAGACUGAGACGCGCAAUGGGAAGUGAGCCUUGCUUACUGGUAUCGUGACUAAUCGCCAUAAAGUACUACUGUUAAGAUAAUGCGGUGCAACAAGAGGUCGCUGUGGACAUCAUCAAUCUUGGGAGAUUUCUGCCAACUAUAUUAGUGUCUUACAAAUAAAGUAAUGGCUGACAUGGUGAAAAUUAUUAUAUAUGGCUAUUACAACAGCAAAUAAAAUAAACAUUGCCCUUUGGGCAGACCUGGACCCGGCUGAGUCUGAUCAC